AAUAAAUGUCAUAAAGAAAACUAUCUGUCAAUUACGACGCCAUGUUCUUCUAACCUUUCCGCUUCCGUUGACAGAUCCUUUUAGUAAAAAUCUGUGAAAAUGAAAGCCAAAGGAGAGUUGAAGGAAUUCGAGGUGAUCGGGCGCAAGCUCCCCUCUGAGAAUGACCCAAAACCUCCUCUGUACAGAAUGAGGAUCUUCUCCCCAGAUCCGAUCGUGGCCAAGUCCCGUUUCUGGUACUUCUUGAGACAACUGAAGAAGUUCAAGAAGACUACCGGAGAGAUCGUUUCCAUCAAGGAAAUCCCAGAGAAGAGCCCAGUCAAGAUCAAGAACUUUGGUAUCUGGCUCCGUUAUGAGUCUAGGUCUGGUGUACACAACAUGUACCGUGAAUACCGUGACUUGAGCGUGGGUGGUGCCGUAACACAGUGCUACCGUGACAUGGGAGCCAGGCACAGAGCGCGUGCUCACUCUAUCCACAUCAUCAAAGUGGAGGUAAUCAAGGCUUCAGCCUGCAGAAGACCACAGGUCAAACAGUUCCACAACAGCUCCAUCAGAUUCCCACUGCCCAAGCGUGUGCACCAUUACAAGAAACUCAACAAGUUCGCCUACAAGAGGCCCAGCACAUACUUCUUGUAAAUUGCUAAUUUUAAUUAAACAAAGCGU